AUGCACAAACGACGUUACAGACUGACGUCACAGCACCUCCGACUUCAGCCCCAAUUGGACUCUCGUCCGCCAAUCCAAUCCAAGCAUCCAUUUUCGAUCACUUCAUCUUCAUUCACAACAUCACAUCCCUCUGACGUCCCGUCAAAACGCGAAUUCGACGAAACCGCAUCUGUCACUUUCGCACCACCAGCUCUGGUAAAAUCGCGUCCUCAAACAGACUCCCAACCAUCCACCUGCUCCAGAACUACCAACGCGCAACCAGCUCCCUCUGUCACGCAGAAGAACACUACGCCAGAAAAGCUUCGACUAACAACCGCAUCUCCUACGAAGCCGAAGCUCAAACCCGACGACUAG